AUGCCCACUGACUUCCAGAUGUCAUGGCGUCCGCAGUAUCGCAGUUCAAAGUUUCGAAAUGUCUAUGGGAAAGUGGCAAACCGAGAGCACUGCUUUGAUGGGAUUCCAAUUACCAAGAAUGUUCAUGACAACCACUUCUGUGCUGUUAAUGCCAAGUUCCUCGCCAUAGUAACGGAGAGUGCUGGCGGAGGGUCCUUUCUUGUCAUUCCACUGGAACAAACCGGUCGGAUCGAACCAAACUACCCAAAAGUCUGCGGUCACCAGGGCAACGUGCUUGACAUCAAGUGGAAUCCUUUUAUUGAAAACAUCAUAGCUUCUUGCUCAGAAGACACCUCGGUCCGGAUAUGGGAAAUCCCAGAGGGCGGCUUGAAGCGGAACAUGACAGAAGCUGUUCUAGAGCUCUAUGGCCACAGCCGACGGGUCGGCCUCGUUGAGUGGCACCCGACCACCAACAAUAUCUUGUUCAGUGCAGGAUACGACUAUAAGGUUCUGAUCUGGAACCUGGACAUUGGAGAGCCCGUGAAGAUGAUAGAUUGUCAUACAGAUGUCAUUCUCUGCAUGUCCUUCAAUACCGACGGCAGCCUGCUGUCUACCACCUGCAAAGACAAGAAGCUGCGAGUCAUUGAGCCGCGUUCGGGCAAAGUCCUUCAGGAAGCCAGCUGUAAGAACCAUCGUGUGAACCGGGUGGUCUUUCUAGGUAACGUGAAGCGACUUCUAACGACUGGAGUCUCAAGGUGGAAUACGAGGCAGAUUGCGCUCUGGGACCAGGAAGACCUGGCCAUGCCCCUCAUAGAGGAGGAGAUCGAUGGGCUGUCGGGGCUCUUGUUUCCUUUCUACGAUGCUGAUACGCACAUGUUGUAUUUGGCUGGAAAGGGCGACGGGAACAUCCGAUACUAUGAAAUCAGCACAGAAAAGCCCUAUCUGAAUUAUCUCAUGGAGUUUCGCUCUCCUGCCCCACAGAAAGGACUGGGUGUGAUGCCAAAGCACGGGCUGGAUGUGUCUGCAUGUGAGGUGUUCAGAUUCUAUAAACUGGUUACCUUAAAGGGUCUGAUUGAGCCAAUCUCUAUGAUCGUGCCAAGGAGGUCAGAAACAUACCAAGAGGAUAUUUACCCGAUGACUCCAGGUAUAGAACCAGCCCUGACACCAGACGAAUGGCUGAGUGGAAUGAACAGAGAUCCCAUAUUGAUGUCUUUGAAGGAGGGCUAUAAGAAGGCAUCCAAAGUUGUCUUUAAGGCACCAAUAAGAGAGAAAAAAAGUGUUGUCGUCAAUGGAAUAGAUUUGUUAGAAAACGUGCCCCCCAGGACAGAGAAUGAGCUCCUCAGAAUGUUCUUUCGACAACAAGACGAGAUCCGACGGUUGAAAGAUGAGCUUUCGCAGAAAGACAUAAGAAUUCGACAACUACAGCUGGAGUUGAAAAACUUACGUAACAGCCCGAAGAAUAAUUAA